AUGUGCAAACAGGAAAAUUCUGACAAUGGAAAGGGUAUGCUUCCUCCCUGCUCUGCACUACAUGGUGUUCGGGCCAUCGUAGUGGUCUUCCACCCCACCCAUCCCGUGGUAGACAGUAUCUUCUCCACCACCACCUUGGGUGAGCACGACUUUAAGCGGAGGCUUCGAGAGGCUCCGAAAUACCCGCCCUCUAUGGUGACCAAGGUCAAUUAA